CUCUCUCCUCUCUGAACAUGCAGUCUAGUUUUUUUUAUUUUGAAUAAAAUUUAAAGUCACUUAUUUGUAUGAAAUUAAGCAUUUAGUAAGUUUUUGAGCGAGUGAUUCGAGUGCCCGAGAGCCCGUUGACCGCCCCCCGACCGCCCAAGCAUCGUGGGCAGCCCAAGGAGAGCCGCUAAAAGCGAAUAGACCAGGCACCCAAGUCGGCAGCGUGCCGCACAGCAAACCACGGAGAGCGAAUCGAGUCUCCCAGCAGCGAGUGGAGGAGGCGUGCGAGGUGCAUGCAGCACGUUGUAAUUAGGUUAGCAGCAUAUAGCAGCAUAACAUAACAUGGCACAGCACCAACAGCAGGGCAUGGACUCCGCCUUGUUCGAGCGCCGAUUGCGGCCGGUGUACGAUAACCUGGAAGUGGGCAACAACCGCAAGGCCCUGCAGGAGUCCGAAAAACUGCUGCGCAAGCAUCCCACGCUGCUCUGCGCUCGUGCACUGAAGGGACUCUCCCUGCUCCGGCUGGGGCGAUAUGACGAAAGCCACGGCUGCCUGCAGAGCGUCGCCGAGGAGAAGCCCACAGACGACUCCACUCUGCAGGUCCUAUCCUUCUGCUACCGGGAAAUGGAACAACUGGAUAAAAUUGUGGAGCUGUACCAGCACGCGGUGAAGCAGAAUCCGGGAAACGAGGAGCUUCUCGCCCACCUCUUCAUUUCCCAUGUGCGCGUGGAGGACUAUAAAGCCCAGCAAGCUGUUGCCCUGCAGCUCUACAAGGCGCAGCCGAAGAAUGCUUACUACUUUUGGUCUGUGAUCAGUGUGGUCUUCCAGGGCAUCCGGGGGCCAGAAUCGGCGCUGCCGGAGAAAAGAAAAAUUUACCUGGGACUGGCGCAGCGCAUGGUCGAAAAGCACAUCAAGGAAGGCAAACUAGAGACGGAACAAGAGGCCUUCCUCUAUCUCCACAUCCUCAAGCUGCAGAAUAAGUAUCAGGAGGCAUGGGAAUUCCUUACCGGCGAGUUGUGCGCCAAGCUCUAUCCAGGUGCUCCGGUCAGCAUGAAGUUUGAGCUCCUCAAGGAGUUGGGCAAUUGGCGGGAGCUAAAUGAGCUAUUGCAGCAACUUUUGGAUGCCGACCGCGAUCGAUGGGAUUACUACAAGGAGUACAUUCAAAGCUCCUUUGAACUACUGAAACUUUCGCCAAAGGAAGAAGAGAACGGAGAGAAAGAUUCGCUGGUCAGGUGUCAGGAAUUCCUCCAGCGCAUUAUAGAGUCUUCGGAGCGCAAGAAACGGGGUCCCUAUCUGGCCCGCUUAGAGCUUCACCAGCGGAUGAGGGCGGAUAAACUGCCCGCGGAGCAGCUAAUCGGCGACUUUGACGAGAUGGUCAUUGAGUACUUUAACCUGUUUGGCGACAAAUCCUGCUGCACCCACGACAUCGCCCUAUUCUUGCCCGCAAUUAGCAUGAAGCAGCGGCAGGCACUGGCCAGCAAGCUGCUCCUGGAGAGCGGAGUUAGUUCCACGUCUUUGCCGCAAAAUAAGGAGCAGAUGCAGAAACACCUUUGUGCCCUCCAAAUCUCUCGUAUGUGUGGCUCGCACAUUGAGCUACCCGUUGACCACCUAAUUGCCUUCUACACGGCCCUUAAGCUGCACUACGAGCAUGGCAGGAGUACGUUCGGCAAGAAGCUGCUGGCCACUGAGAUGGGACCAUCGGAUGCGUAUGCCUUGCUGGCGGCAAAUGUGAUGUACGACCUCAGCCGGAGGGAACACAAGUCCGAUCAUUUGUUCGAAGCCCUGUGCCUGUUGCAGUAUGUCCUUCGCAAUAGCACGAGCAACUUUCACGUGAAGUUGCUAAGCUUAAAGAUAUACCACCUGUUUGGCUGCCAAGUGGGCGCCCAGGAGAUGUACGAGUAUCUGGACAUCAAGCAGAUCCAACUCGACUCGAUGGGAUAUGUGCACUGCCAGCUGUUGCCGCUGGGUGGACGCUUCUCUGGCACCAGAACCGUCUACGAUGCUACGCUGAAGUUCUUCACCAACAGUUACAAGGAGCGGCUGGAGUACAUUGCCCUGACGUACCGCUUUUGUACGUUCUCCAAGAUGGAGGAGUUCAUGAACUUUAAGGAGCGGCUGACUAACAGCCUGCAGUAUGUCGCCUGUUCGGUGGAGGCCCAGAUCUGUGUGGUGAGCUGCUAUGGAAAUGUUACGCAAAAUCUUACCGCUUACUCGGCGAUGAGCAUUGAGCCAGCGGAGGAUCGAAUUGCAUGGCACGAACUGAGUGACAACCGGGACUUGGACGCCAUUAUUCGCUGGGACCCGUUGCACCAGGUGAAUGCUGCCGAGGAACGUAAGGAAUCCUUCGACCAGGAGGUGGAGGUGCUGCAGGUGCGUUCGUUAAUGCUUCGCCUGUUCGCUUCCUUCAUCGAUCUGUAUCAUGGCUCGGGUGCGAAAGAUGUGCCAGCGGGAACGGAGACUGCCACUUUGGAGCUACUGCGGGAAUCUUGGACGGGUUUGUUCCAACGCCUGCGUCUGAUGAACUACAAACCGCUGCCGCAACCUUUUCUAGUCAACCUACUGCCCACGCGCCUGCACCUGCUGCUCAAGGUGCCUUACGAACGGUUCUUCGAUGACCUGGCCCAGUUGGUUCUCGACCUGCACAGCGGAUCCGGAAAGCUAGCCGAACAAUGCAAGCGGGUGGGAGACAACGUCAUUAUUGUAAUGGAUGUGUGUGUAAAGACCAUCGCCGAGUGCAACGGGAACGGCAAGGACGGCCUAUGGAACCGGCGGGAGCAGCAACAAAACGUGGCCGCCAGUCUAGAGAUUUUAUCCCUGUACGCAUUUCUGCUCUCCGUGCUGAACGAGAAGCUGCAGGUCAGCUCGAAGACUAAGACAAAGAAGAGAACGGCAGACAACAAGGAGAAUGGCCCACAACCAAUUAGCGAAAAGGAGCGCAGCCAGAUGGUGCAGGAGCUAAUGCGCCAACUAAAACAUAAGCUGGAGGCCUGUGAUGCGGCUAUACGCACUUGGAAGGCGCCGGUGCUACCCCGGGAUCUUAGCUCCUUCAUGUCAGACAUGUCGCUGAAGCCGGAAGUGGAGGCCACGCUUAUCGGGGAUGUCUCGGCUACGUUUAAGGACUCACACGAGCUGAUGGUCACCGAGCUGCGUAAUUUGCUGAAGGACAAGAUCCGCAUGGCGGCCAAGUAGAUGUUUCUUUGCUGUGCAAAGGCCAUCGGCUAAUCACGAUCCAAGUUCAUAGUUUGUUAUUUAAUUUUGUUAACGAAUACAACCAAUCGUCCUCCUA